AUUCCGUUUUAGCUUUUUUCCUCUCUAUUCCCCUGUUUCCACUUUAUGAUCUCCAAAACCACCGUCGCGGAAGCGAGGAAAGGCGGCUCCUUUUUAUCUUCUCCUCCAUUGUAGCCGAGAAAGGGAGAAGAGACUUCGCGGGAAUAAACGCGACCGAUCCACCGGCGGUGGCGGGAAAAGCUCAGGAGUGUCCUCCCCCGUCCGCCCCCUCGCCCAAAUAGCAAAUCGAAUCCUAAAUUAUGCAGGUAUCAAUGGAGAACUCAGAGGUCUUGAAUGCAGGAUCUUUACUUUCAAUGGAUGACUCUGCGAUAUUAAGCUGUAACCAUAAUGGGAGUGAUACUGUUGGCAAUGAUUCAGCAGUUUAUGAGAAAUUUCUCCUUGAUGAUUUGGAUUCUUAUAUGAAUGAUAUCAAUUCACGUCUGACUGUCUCAAGAAUGGUGAGUGAUUCUGUGAUCAAAGGGAUAGUAAAUGCUGUAACAGAGGAGGCUUCUGAGAAAAUUGCUUCAAAGCAAACAGAAAUAGCAGUUCUGUAUGAAAGAUUGCAGCAUUAUGAAUCUGCUUUAGCUGAAGGGAACAGGCUAGAUUCAUCCACGAUGAUGCCAGAAGCAUCAAUACCUAUACGUAAGCCCCAGAGGAGGAAAACAGAGCUGCAUCAGCAGUCUUUAAAUGAAGAGGUAGACUGCGAUUAUUAUACCAAAAAUUUUGGGAGUUUAAAAUUUGCAGCAGAAGAGCAUCUUCAAAGGCUUAAGGAGGAACUCAGGGAUGUGAGGAACAUGAUAUCUUUCAAUAAAAUAAAUUGGUGUUCCAAGGAUAUUGAGUUGUACAGCAUCCAGGGGAAGACUAUGGAGAAGUUGCACGUUGUAGAUGGAUAUGCUGAUGCUUUGGAAGUAUUACUAGCAGCAUUAUGUGAACCGGCUGAUAGCACUUGCUUCUCAUUGAAGCCAAUGUUAAGUGAGCAUGGAAAAAAAUGGGAACAAGAGAUUCAAAGGGAGGUCAGGGAUAUUAUCAUUCAAGGUUUUGACAGGGAACUUCAGGACGAGUUUGAAACAAGGUUAUCUGAGAAAAGGAGUCUUGUGAACACAUUAAACAAGAAUUUGCAAAAGAUGGUUGAUGAAUUUUCCACUAUUCAUCAAGAACUUGAUGCUAUUGCUAUGCCCUUGUUUAGCUCAGACUUUGGGCCAUUAAUUUCUUAUUAUGGCCUUGAAGGUUUGGAAGAGUGGAGUACUCUUAAAAGGAAGGACCACCUACCUCGGAAGGUUUUGGGUAAUCAUCAUAUAGCACACACAUCUCAUUGUGAGGAGAGUGGUAAUGUCUCAGAGAAGUGUGGGGAUUCUGUAAAACCCACCCUAACUGACUCCCCACAAUUGAAGUGCAUGACGAAAGAUGAACUGAUGACCUACUAUAAAACUGAAAUGACCAAUAUGAAGAGACAGCAUGAUUUAGCUUUGCAAGAGAAGACAGAAGAAUUGUUCAGCCUCAAGCGGGAAUUCCUCAAGGAAAAAGGUUCUAAUCCUUCACAUUUUAGGAAAGAUAAAGAAUUUGAACUGUUAAGGAAAAAAGUUGUCGAGUUCAUUUCAAAAUUGAAUGAGAUUAUCUUGGAGAAUGAAAACUUGCCUAUUAUUCACAAUGACCAAGACAUGUUUCUUGGCCUGAAGGAGAGGAUGUAUACCCUGUUUUUUGAAAAUCAGCGGCUGCAAAGUUUCUUAGAACAAAAAAGAAAAGAGGUUGCUUGUUCAGAGGUUUCAAAUGAAACAAAUCAAACUUUACAUUGUUCGUCCAUAGAGGAAAAGUUCUCAGAGCAGAUUAAGAAGCUGAAAUUGGAUAUUGAAGACAUAAAGUUAGAAGCUUCCAUUAGAGAUGAAAUACAAAAGAUCAUCUUAAGAGAGUGGGUUGGUGAACUUAUAGAUGACAUGGAGUGUUUAGAUAUGGAGUGUUUAGAUGACACCUACUCCACUAUUUACAGAAAAUCUAUAGAAGAUGUCAUUGCUAGGGCGAAUCAUAUUAUAGUAAAAUGUGACAAGGAAAAGAACUCCAUUGCAGGAGCGCUUGUAGAAAAGGAGAAGGUGUUGUGUUUAGAAAUUGAAGCAAACAAUAAGUUGAAGCAUGAAAUUGCAUCCCUAUCAACUUUGAUGAAAGCAAAAGAGAAAUUUGCAUUAGAGACUGAAUCCAAAUUAAUGCAACAGAAGGAACAUUUGGUUAAUAUGCUGAGAGAUCAAGUCAGUAAGCAAGAUCUAUAUAUUCAGGAGAGCAACAAGGAGUGUGAUUCUGUUAAGGGUAGAUUGGAUGAGACUUUGCAACAAAUUCAUCAAUAUGAAGUUGAAGUAGCUGAACUGAAUCAGAAACUAAAGCUUGUUUCUGAUGCUUUGGAGGAAGCAGAGAAACAGAAACACAUCCUUCAAGGCAUUGUUGAAGAGAAACAAGAGAUGCUAGCAUCAACCAUCUCAAAGGAAGAACGGCAUAAAAAGGGGAUGGAGUCCAUGGUUGUUUCUAUGAGAGAGUUAUCAAAAGCCAUUUUGGACUGCGAACGUAGGAUGGCAAGCAGUCUUGAAACUAAUGAAUCAAGGUUAAAAAUACUGAGCCAUCAGUGUGGUCAACUGGUGCAACAGGCUAACUUUGUCAAAAGAAAAGCCUUGUGGUACAAACAGGGCUUUGAAAGAAGAUGCUCUGAUCUUCAAAAGGCUGAAACCGAGGUUGAUCUAUUAGGAGAUGACGUUGAUGCCCUUUUGCAUCUUCUUGAGAAGAUAUACAUAGCUCUAGAACAUUAUUCUCCAGUAUUACAACACUAUCCUGGACAGGUUAUGGAGAUUCUAAAACUGAUUAGAAGAGAAAUGAAAAGAGAGAGUACUAAAUAAGCAUCAUGAGUUACUUAUUUAGGUUAACAGGAUUGUGAUAACAAAUCCACUUGAACAUUUAAUGAACCAGUGCGUGCAGACAACUUCAGAAAGAAGUCAACAUUGCCAAGGCGGAAGAUUUUGUUGAAGCAACCAAGAACCUCAGUUUUUUCCACCACCAAAGCAAGCAGUGCAGCUAUUUUGUCUGCUAAUCAGGUUACAUAUGUUUGCUGACCCUGAUGUUCAUGUCCAAGCCCUCUAGACCUCAACAUCAAUGUGGACUCCUCUUUUUGCAACUAAUGAUGAGAGACCAAAAGUGUUGCUGAUUAAAACAUGGUCAGGCUACAUUAUAGAUGUCAAGGUGUAUUCACUUGUUAUAUAGUCUCCUUAUCCAUGAGAAGGUGUGUAAAAAUGGUUGUUAACACAUCUGAUGGGUUGCCAACAAGGGAGUUAAUGAACUUCCACUUAGGCCAAUUGCCUUUUGGAAGCUCCGAUUUUGCUUCCAUAUUGUGAUGAGAAGUUAGAAAUUUCAGUUGCUAGACCACUGAAUACAUACUGUAAUUAUACAUCAAAUGAUUUGAUAAUAAUGAACUUGCAAGUAUUUAGUGUUUCCACAACAUGAUAUGAGAAA